AAUUUCAGAAUUUCUCACCGAUUCUAAUUGCUCCUAAAAAUCCUUCACUGUGGCUCAGUCAUUGAAGCGUGCCAAACUCAGCCAUUCUGCCAUGAACAAACUGAAAACUGCUCAACGAGACAAGGAAUGGACAACGGCUAGGUGAUCUCGAAGUACGGAUAAGUUUCAAACAAGCGGAGAAGACAGUGUCGCUUACUUUUGGCUAGUUAAGGUGCGAAAUUUUAUGCAGUGGACACAAAGCAAUGAAAAAACGGCAAUUCACUGUUUAAGUAGUCAGAACUGGAAUCUGGAAUUGGCCUGCGAUGCUUAUUAUCAGAAUCCACAAUUGUAUAUGUGUAUGGCAGAUAUAGUUGACCAAAGAAGUCUUCAUGCUUUUUUCCUCAAAUAUGCAAAUAAUAGACAGGACAAUGAUCCCUCAUGUAUCGGGCCGCAUGGUAUGCUGCGCUUCCUGACAGAUCUUGGUUUAAAUCCAGCUGAUCGAAAUGUGUUGAUAUUAGCAUGGAAGCUCAAAGCAAAGACGCAGUGCGAGUUUACUUGGGAGGAAUUCAGUACCGGUCUCAACGAGAUGAAAGUAGAUUCUUUGGAGAAAUUAAAAGCAAAAAUACCAACACUAAGCGAGGAACUCAGGAAUCCUAUCAUUUUCCGAGAUUUUUAUCAGUUUACUUUCAAUUACGCUCGCGCAUCCCCGCAGAGGACAUUGGAAGUGGAAACAGCAAUUGCUUAUUGGGAAAUUGUGUUUGGCGGCAACUUCGGUUAUCUUCCUUUAUGGACUAGUUUCCUACGGGAAAAGGAGGUAAAAAGCAUACCACGUGAUACGUGGAACUUACUGUUGGAUUUUUCUUUGAUGAUCGCACCGGAUUUCAACAAUUACGAUGCAGAAGGAGCAUGGCCCGUUUUGAUUGAUGAAUUUGUAGAAUAUGCAAGAAGUAAAAUACAGUCAUAGAAAGUCCUGUCCAUGUUAGCAUUUAUUCUUUAAGUCUCUAUGACUUCUUGGAUUAAGUCAUUUCGAGUUUAGUUUUUGGAGUAUCUAGAAACCUGGCUCUUUGCAUCACAAAAGUUCAUAUGAAUUCAGUAAUCUCAACAGUUGUUGUUUUGUUAAUUGCUGUACAUAUUUUGAAGAUUUGAGAGUAAUAGCAAUAUUCUUCUACGUGUUUUGUUCACAUGAUAGCAUUUUUUUUCUCGAAAUAUCAUUUUUGAAUCUACGUUUUUCUUAUGAGUAGCAAAGAUCGAUUAUUUAAGGUAGAUUUGUAUCUCGGAACUGGUUGCAGAAUGUGAAUUUUCUGUAAAUGUUGUGAAACAUUGUAAAUCCAUCAUGGAAAUAGACUUUCAAUGAAGGAAUCCUCAAACAACUUCAUUUAUUUUAUAUUACAGUUUGUUUCCUUGCACCUGUUUGGUCUAGUACUUAUUGACUGUUGCGCUUUAUAGCAACGUUUUCAAUAAGCUUUGAUAACUCAGUACCACGGAGCUAAUAUUCGAAGCAGUUGCGAUCGAAGGUCACAGUUCCUUGAUGAUUAAGUGAAUGGUGAUUGUGAUACUUAGUGUUCGUUUUUACCGGUGAAUUGCACACUUGAAGGAUAUGUUGAUUAAGUUUCGGCACGAAAUUAAUUAAAAGCUAUCAAAGAAAAACCUGAAUUUUUGGAAUUGCCUUUGCUGUGCGAUAUUUUAUCUACUGUUGGCAUCACGUAUUUUCACGUGUGAGUUAAAG